AUGAAUAAUAGACAAAUUUGUAUAGCUAGUAACGUCUCAAUCAAUGAUAAUCAUCAUCUUGCAUUUUUAUCGAUCGCUAAUGCUUUCGGCGAUCUUCUGGUUCGUGAUACACGCAUGCCAUGUCGUGCUAGAAAAGCUGAUUGUCUUAUCUAUCGUGUUGAAGAAGAUACAUUAAAUACAGAUGAACAUGCACAUUCAGCGACUAAUCAACAUUUUGCUCGUUCAAUGUUAAUUAGAUCUACAACUGCUAGAAAAUCGACAUUUAUUUCAACAUAA